AGGGGCAUCCAGCUGUGGGGAGAGAUGUGCCAGCCCCAGCUGCUGCUGGCCCUGCUGCUCCUGCUCUGCAGGGCCAAUGCCAGUGCCCUGCGGGGUCAGAUCGUGGGAGGCCACGAGGCUCAGCCCCACUCCCACCCUUACAUGGCAUACCUGAAGAUGGGGCAGUACUCCUGUGGAGGCUUCCUGGUGGCCCCUGACUGGCUGAUGACAGCUGCACACUGCCUGCUGGGGAACAUCACAGUCGUCCUGGGGGCUCACAACAUCCAGGAGCCAGAGAGCACCCAGCAGAUCCGGGGAGUCCUCAGCUACCACCCGCACCCCGAAUACAACCCCGAGACCGUGGCCAAUGACAUCAUGCUGCUCAAGCUGACAGCAAAGGCCACCCUCAACGACUAUGUCAAGACCAUUCCACUGCCCAAGACCAGCAGCGAUCUGCCCACGGGCACCAAGUGCCUCAUAGCCGGCUGGGGCAUGAUCGACGAGGAGCAAGCCACUGAUAAGCUCUUUGAGACCCAAGUCUCUAUCUACAGCCGCAGGAAAUGCACCCACUUCUACCCACACCUCACCACUGGCAUGGUCUGUGCUGGCAGCUUCCACCAGCUCAAGGAUUCCAGCCAGGGAGAUUCUGGUGGGCCCCUGGUAUGCAAUAAGGUGGCACAGGGCAUCGUCUCCUUCGGCUACAACGAACCCCCCGGGGUCUACGCUCGCAUCUCCAACUACCUGCCCUGGAUCAAACACACCAUGAAGAAGUAGCAGCAGCACCACC